CUUGAACAUCUCAUCUUAACUUCCAGUGCGGAUAAACUGACGAUAGGCUUCAGCAGGCAAAGUGAUCGUCCAUCUUCAAAAUCCUCAUCCCCAUCAGGUCUGCCCAACACUAGGAGAGCUCGACACUAUUCCUUCGAACACAGUCACAUAAUACGGGACCUGCUUUUAGCUACUUGCCAUUCCCACUGCCAAUUUCUUCGACAUCGAUGCAGCCCGCCGCUGCAGCAAACAAUAUGAUUCUGAAUCCGAUAAUGACCCUGGAAGGGCAUGACAAGUAUAUCCGGUCGAUAUCCUACUUUCCAGACGGCCGGCGAAUGAUUAGCGGCUCUUGGGACAAGACUGCUUGGCAGUGGGAUCUACAGGUGGGUAAGGAGAUUGAGGAAGCACGUGGCGUUUGUGAACGGGGAAUAUGGGCGGUGGGGGUAUCCAGGGAUGGUCGAUGGGCUAGCACAGGGGGCGGAGGUGUCGGUCACGGGGAGCUCAAAGCCAUCGAGGUUGAGACGGGAAUCGUCAAGAAAUUCGAAGGUCACUCGCGUGGGAUCAGCUCUAUAGAUAUCUCUACGGACAGCAAUUUCCUGGCGAGCGGGUCAUGGGAUCGUACAUCGCGGAUAUGGAGCUUGGGCACUGGAGAACUCGUGGCCGGUCCAUUCGAGACCAUCGAUUGGGUGGGCGCGGUUCGUUUUUCACCAGACUCAAAGAAGCUCGCAGUGAAGUCAGAGGCGGGGAAGUGCCUUGAGGUGUGGGAUGUCCACACAGAGACUUUGGACGUUAGAGUUGGAGAAUUCGGUGAAAUACCCUUCUCAUCUGCGCCAGUGUUCUGGACAAACAAAAACACCAUUGUAGCCGCAUUCACCUUCACAUUUGAUGACGCGACAACAAUCUAUGAGUUUGACGCGUUGACACUGGAGACUGUUGGAGCUCCCUUCGAAGCGCACACCAAAGUCAUUCGCGGUCUAGUGCUUUCAUCUAAUAAUGCUCUCCUCGCCAGCGCUGCGGAUGAUAACACCAUCAAGCUCUGGGCCUUCGGGUCCCGCCAGCUCCUCGCCUCCUUCAACACUCGGACUCCCAACGUCCUCACCCUCUCACCCAACUCCCGCCAACUAGCUUACACGUCAGGUCGCAAGAUAUAUAUAUGUAACACUCCACUCGACAUCUUGGCCAGCAUCGGGGGUGCGCUUGGAGUACGGGGCGGUGCCAGUGCAGAUACGAAUUCAAGGCUCGAUCGCCUACUGAAUUCUCAUGCAAGCCGUCACCAAGCGACAUCGCCGGUCAAAUCGUUCGCCCACAGACCGCACAGGCCUCCACCUAAGACACACCCACAGCAGCCCGUUUUACUGCGUCACCUCCGAAAAAUUAUUCGCUUCUCUUCUCGCACAAUCACCGUCCCUCCUGUUCGGAACGAUCAGACUCGUGAUCUGCUAGAUUUUCCCGCCACGUCUCCCCUACCAUCCAACCAUCAUCUCUUGGGGCAGGCCACAACUCACUUUGAUGAUCACCCCGCACGGCACUCCUGCACCAACGACCUCGUCAAUCGUGUCCCAGUUCCCUGGCAGCCGCAGCAAGCACAUUACGAGGGGGACAGUUUGCCCCACUCGAACGGAGCUGUCCAGUUCCUGCGGCAGCACCUUUCCUUCUGUAAGCCAACACCCGUCCACGAGCCACCGGUCGUUGAAGUCCCAGCUGGACGCAAGUUCAAGCGACUUGCUGCUGCCAAGCUCCCGCAAUACAUCAAAGUCGACGACACCCGGUGUCCUCCUAGACAGCAGCUUACCAUGCCGCAGGACAUGGGGAAAGACUAUUCACCAUCUGAGUUAUCUGACAUUGAUUCGCUCCCAGACGUGCAUUGGUGCAAGGCGUUCUUCUGCUACUACUCGUGCUGGUCCCAUGGCAGACUGAGGAUGCCUCCGCGAUGGCGCUUGGAAAAUGUGGACUCACCUCACCAGGACAAAACGACGAGAAAAUAGAACCGGUCGUUGUGUGGCUCGCUGUCACAGCUAGUCCAAUGAAUGUCUUGCACCUGAUGGUUUCUACAUGGAUAUAUAGUAUAACAGCAACAUUCAAGAUCAAAACAUCGUGAAUUCAAACUCAUGUUUUACACUCAUUGACACUGCUCAUCUAUCACAGUCUGAUGCAACUCGUCGUUCUGCUGCCGCGCGCCGUAACCCACCAACAUUGCCUGACGUACGGAGGCCGCAAAGACCUUCGCCUGCAGUAAACCCGUGGCAACCCUUUUUC